GGGUUCGCCAUCCAAAAAUAUGUUCAAAACAGCUGUCAGAACUAAUUGUUUCCUCAAAAUAGCUGGCCAGCGUUAUUUCUGGUUGUCUCUCGUUUGUCCAGGAGAGGUCGUCAUUUAAACGAGUGUCACUGGGGAACAUUUUUAAUUUAUCACACUCAAGGGGAGACUUAAUUUAAUCCACACUUUAUAUUUUUUUGUUGUAUCUGAGAAUAAAGAACCAGUAUUUUUUCUCCAGUAACAAAAUUGGCAUGUUUCCUUGUUAACCAGGACUUAUUUCCAUAUGUCCCGGUUACAGUUCGUCAAACCUUAAACAGUGAUAAUUUUCCAAUAAAAAUGAAAUAAUAAAACGCGACCGCUGAAUAGGUACUCAAAACCAAUGCUGCGUAUUCAGUGUAUGUCGGGUUGGCACUAGAAACCACACGUUAGCAUUGCAGGGCAAUGGGCAUUCCCAAAAUUCCAACGGAACGUGAAGUAGCCACUUGGUUUGCUAGACGUGACCGAUAGUCUCUUGUUUAUCUUUUUCUUAUUAAACGGAUGCGGCCAAGUCACGGUGCAAAAAAAGAUGCAAAAGUCGAGUUAGGUUUAGACUUUGGAAUUGUCUGACCAAUUAUUGUAAUUGUACGUUCAUAAAACAGCCACGCGGUGACAACGCUGUCAAUAGCUUUGUGCUACCCAGAACUAGCUAGCCGAGCAAACUGUCAGUGAAUGGCCGUCAAGGGACCAGUGUUGACUCUCCCACUCAGAUUCCUGACAUGGGGAGUAAAAUUUCCUUUAGCAGAAAACGGAGCGACCAGUUCACAGUAUCUGAGCUAACCACAGUGACAUCACAUCCUUGUAGUCCCUUUCAUGCAACCACGGACUGCAAAGAGGUGCUUCGAGGUACGGAUUGCAACGAGGAGGACAAGGGCUCUAAAUGGGGCGAGGAAAUGAAUGUGACAAAUCUAUGUAAACCUAUGUCUGCAUCCGACUUAUCAGAGAGUCAGAAUUCUGAAGGACCCGCUGAUACCACCUGUAAACCAAAUGGCACCUCACAGUUUGAGAUAGACGCAAAGGCUGAAGUGGCAGCAGCAAGCGUGUGCUACUUGACAUCAGAAAAUCACGGACUGCCUGUGGCCGGACAAAAGAAAAGUGGCCGUUCAAGAAAAAUAAAACCCUCAAAGAUAGAGGACAAAAUGUAUACCCUUUCCGAUGAACUUUUGAUUGAUCAACACAAAGGAAUCAACACUAUAAUGCAAGUGCCAGCUAACAUUCAAAAUGCUGAGGCUGUACCCUACAAUGUCAAAAGUCUUCUAAAUGAGUUACCUCGCAAUGAGACACCCGAAAAUUGUACAGUGCCUGACCACAAACAAGGUGAAGGUGUCCCAUUGGUGUCCAGAAGAAAAAGGGCAAGACCAAAGAGAAGAGAUAUUGCAGUUAUUGAAAAUGAUGUUUCCGAGACUCCUUUUCCAAAUGGGUUUUUCAGUCCUACAGCUAAAAAACUGAUGUGUCAAGAAGGAGGACCUUCCUCAGCACCAGAGCAAGACAGUGGUUCUGUUGUUACCCCUAAAGAAGUGGAAGUUUCUCUUCCUCCUAAAAGUAGCACAACAGACGAGGCUAUUGAAACAUCUAACUUGCAAAUUGACCAACAAAUCCCUGCUAAAGUUUUUAAGCAUGAUGAUGUUUCCCAGGUAAGCGGUGACACACAUUUGAGGGAUGAAACUGAGAUUGAUCAACUGCAGGUUAGUGAUAGAGAACACCUGCAAACUAGUCAACAAAAAGAAAAUGGACAACUCUGCCCAGGACCUACAGAAUGUGAUACAAACCAGCAGGUGGACAGAGAUGGUGAGCAUCUGCAGGUGAACCUUGGCGGGAGCAGAGGCGACCUGUCCCUUCACUCUGUAGAAAGAGGGAUGACAAAGAUUGGCAUCAAAGUUUGCCUGUCGCCACAGGCUACAGAACUAGAACAAGAACAACCCGAAGAAGCUGAAGGUGCCUUGGCCCAGAUUUCUAAGCAAGCAGUUCAGGAAACCUUAGGAAACAACUUUGAUUUUAACAAAUACCCCAAAAUGCAGUCAGUAGGUGAUGAAAGUCUUAGGCAGCCAGAGAGUCCGAGCAACUGCGACUAUUCAAAGAAUGCUUGCUCUCCUUUGACAAGAGAGCCAAGUGAUGGUGACAUUGCAGUUUCUUUGGAAGAACCCCGUAAAACCCCUGAAGACUCAUCUGCUGUCAAAGUUGAAAACAUAGAGCCACCAUUGGAUUACUUAGAUUCUAAUCAGAGUGCCAAAAUCCGCGCUGACGGUCAAUACCGCCAACAAAACACUUUAAGACGGAAAAGAGGCCACAAGCGAAGAAGGAGAAUAACUGCUUUGUUGCAUCAAGCGAAAGGGGAAACUCAACCCAAUGUAGACAGUUGUGAAACAAAUGCAAUCGUUGACAAGAACAUCAUUUACAUUCGAAAAGGCUCUAAAGUAUUCUUGCAAUGUGGCAUCUGUAGCCGCACGUACAAAUUUAUGUCUCAGUACGUUGUACACCAACGCGUUCAUACUGGAGAGCGACCCUUCGAAUGCCCUGAAUGCAAAAGAGGUUUCAGCAAGAAAUCGAACUUAAAUCUACAUCUGAAGACUCACGUCAAGAAUUCCUUGAAUAAGGAAUGUCCAUACUGCAAAAUUAAAUUCUCAGAUGACACUUACGAUAGCCACAUGAUGACGCACAGUAAAGGGUUUAAAGAUUUUAGCUUAAAUAAAGUCGAUAGCCCUGUAGAAACCCCUCCGAGACCUUUGACCCCUGAUAAGAGUGAAAGCAAAGUGUGUCAGUACUGUGGGAAGUCGUUCAGAUUUCAGUCUGCCCUCGUAAGACAUGAACGUGUUCACACUGGGGAGAAACCUUACAAAUGUGGUAUUUGUGGCAAAGCUUUUGGGCAAUCAUAUUUCCUCCGAGUACAUGAGCUGACACACUGGUCGGUAAAGCGUUACAAUUGCAUAAGCUGUAAAAAAUCCUUUAGUCAUUACAGCAACGCAAAAAAUCAUACAUGCAGACCUUUAGCAAGCAGCUCUGAAAUACAACACAGAAGUCCGGCAGAGAAGCAUUUAUUGACUUACACGUGCCACAUCUGCAAGAAUGUUUUGGACAGCCUGCCCAAGUUCAACAAGCACAUGAGAGAUCACACUGGCGCAAAGCUCUAUCGCUGUUUGUUUUGUGACAAACUGUUCGGUGUGCGAUCUGAAUUUAAUGCCCAUUGUAGUCAGUGCCAAGGUGAAAAAAAUGGCUCCUGUGCUGCAGUCAAGGAGGAAGAUAGAAUGUCAGUCGUCAAGUACACGGUGUCCUCGAAAAGGAUUUCAACAGAACAGAAAUCAGACUUCCCUCCCACAGAUUAUAAUGGUGAAACCAGUAAAAGCCUACAAUCACGGAUCAACUAUAAGAAGUUGGUAAAGCCGUUCCAGCCGACAGUCCCACCCACUCAUCUUCUUUCGCAUUUUGUGUCAAAGUUAAACAAAUUAGACAACCGAUCAGACCCCAGGAGUUACUUGUGCCCAAGUUGCGGGCGUCUGUUCAGGCAUGUUGGCAGACUCCGUGCCCACAUGCUCACUCAUCCGCCGCAUCAAAGCUACACCUGUUCCUGUUGUGGAAAGACUCUUCAAAACUGGACCAAAUUGUGGCGUCAUCAAAGAGUCCACCGGCAACGUCAAGGCCGCUUCUCAUGCUCGCUAUGCGGGAAAAGAUUCCGGUUUGUCGAGUCCUACAAAAAACACAUGAGCGAACACCCAGACUUCCACUGGAUUCAGUCAAAGCCUAAAACGGUGUUCCUGCCUUAUAAUUGCGAUCACUGCACAAGUCGUUUUAAAAGUCUUGAUUUGUUGUUCAGUCACCAAGUUUGCCAUUUCUCAGCACAGAUCACACGUUUAGACUCUGUUUCAGAUCAGUCCUCCGAGUGUUGUUCUGCACAGUCCAAUCGUUUGUUGAAUUCUACUGAAAACUACCCACCGGCAACAAGGUGUCCUGGACCGGAAAACGACACCUUUUUGGGCUGCCAAAAUCAAGACUUGCAAACAAAGGACAAUCCUAUCCUGACUUUAAAUUCAUCGGACCAGAAGCAGGAUCUUAGUUUGGAUGAAAUUGGCCAAAGUCACAGAAGCAACGGUUUUAUGCGAGAGGCAUCACCACAUUGCCACAGAAAAGAUGGCAAUGUAAUUAGAAAGCAAAAAGCAAAUUCAACAACUGCACCCAAAUACACAUUCCCAAGUAAAGAGAUAGCACAAGGUCUUAUAUGUGCUAUGUGUGGUAAGGAAUACACUACCGUUUCGGACCUUUAUCAUCAUUAUGUGAGACAUGCACAAGGUCAGAUGAAAUAGCCAAGCGGUUAUGACUGACUCUAGACGGGGCAUAUCCAACCAACCAACCUUGUAAAAACACUAGAAAACAUUGUUUUUUUGCGUCAUAGCACUUAAAUGUAUAUUUUGUCAUGUUCAAAAACAAUGCACCCCUGUUUGUAACCAUUUUAGUUGUCUAUCAGAUGUAUCCAUUAAAAAGCAAAUAACUUUUCUCACCUAAUACUGGAUUGUGUUUUUGUUACUCCUUUUUCAAGUGUGUCUUUGGAUUCAGUUUCUAGCUCUGUUGACAGUAGCUAAUAGAAAUGUCACCUGAAUUUGGAUAAUGACCAGCAGUGGGUGUUUGGUUCAACAACUUGUCAAACAUGUAAAUCUAUCCUGGGAUAGAGGCUAUUUGGGUGUGAUUUUGGAAGUAAAAUAAUACCACAAUUUCAAGAUAAAUAAAAAAUGAAAUUCUGAUCUUCAUACCCGAUGAAAUAUGAUUUGAUUAAUUUCCGGCCAUUGUUCUUGACUAACUGCUGACAAAAAAACGGAUAUAGACUGAAUUUUUAUUUCAUUGACUCCUGGAAGAAUG